AUGCGUCCAAUCAAAUGCGACAAUUCGGGUUCUAAAUUGAAAAAUGGACCAAUCAUAUUCUGAGAAACGUGUGAAGAGCUCGGUUUGAUUCAGCCUCUUACGUUACCGUAGACACUUCGGUAGACACGGCCCUCUUUUAAAGUUCCUGGGGGAAGAGUGGAGGGACCCGGACAAGCCGAAGGAAAGGGGCCAAGCUUGAGCAAGGGGAUACAUAUUUACACAUUACUCACCCCCAGGAGGACUCGCGUAUAACCGAACAACCGACAAGCUAAGGUGCAACACGGAAAACCAAGGUCUUGACUACCCGAGAACGUCAGAAAAUAAAGAAAAUGGCGGAGCCAGACAAAUUAAACAUCGACUCUAUAAUUCAGCGUCUCUUGGAAGUCAAGGGCUCUCGACCGGGGAAGAAUGUCCAACUGACAGAGGGUGAGAUCCGUGGCCUUUGCCUAAAGUCCCGUGAAAUCUUCCUGAGCCAGCCAAUCCUGCUUGAACUAGAAGCUCCCCUCAAAAUCUGUGGUGAUGUCCAUGGUCAGUACUAUGAUCUGCUCCGACUGUUUGAAUAUGGAGGCUUCCCCCCAGAAAGCAACUACCUGUUCCUGGGUGACUAUGUAGACAGAGGGAAGCAGUCACUGGAGACGAUCUGCCUGCUUCUAGCCUACAAGAUCAAAUAUCCAGAGAACUUUUUCCUGCUGCGUGGAAACCAUGAAUGCGCCUCUAUUAAUCGAAUCUACGGAUUUUAUGACGAGUGUAAGCGACGGUAUAACAUUAAGCUGUGGAAGACCUUCACAGACUGCUUCAACUGUUUACCUGUGGCUGCCAUUGUAGAUGAGAAAAUCUUCUGCUGUCAUGGAGGCCUCUCUCCUGAUCUUCAGUCUAUGGAGCAGAUCCGCAGAGUAAUGCGACCCACAGACGUACCUGACCAGGGUUUGUUGUGUGACCUGCUGUGGGCUGAUCCAGACAAAGAUGUGCUGGGCUGGGGUGAAAACGACCGUGGUGUCUCCUUCACAUUCGGGGCAGAUGUGGUUGCCAAAUUUUUGCAUAAACACGACAUGGACCUAAUAUGCAGGGCGCAUCAGGUGGUAGAAGACGGUUAUGAGUUCUUUGCAAAGAGGCAACUUGUCACCUUAUUCUCUGCUCCCAACUACUGUGGAGAGUUUGACAACGCCGGUGCCAUGAUGAGUGUGGAUGAGACACUCAUGUGCUCCUUUCAGAUUCUGAAGCCAGCAGAUAAGAAAUUGUAUCCUUAUGGCACAGGAGGAAUGGGAUCUGGGAGACCGGUCACCCCGCCGCGAAAUUCAGCCAAGGCCCCCAAGGCCAAGAAAUAACAGCCGCUGGAUCCCACUCCCACAACCUGCCACCUUCCUCUCUGCCCAACACUUUUUUUUUUUAAACUUUUUUUCCCCCUCUACCUCCCCAGACUUGUUUUUCUCUUGUCACCAUACGGCGACAAAGCAGACAAGUGUCUGGGGAUCAAUCAUGUUUUUUUUCCUCUCUAAAACAAUUUUUAACUGUUUGUUUGGCUGUUGGCGUGCUCUUUUUUAUGUGUGAGAGUGUGUAAAGAAAGUGAGAAUGAUACAGAGGAAAUUGCUGUAUUCUGUAUGUAUGUUUAUUUUUCUUCCUCCUGUACCCUCUGUUCUGUUUUCCUGUUGUAAAUAUGGGUUCUUGCUCAUCUGUGAUGUAAUGUCAAACCUGGAUGCAGGGGAGGAAGGGAAGGGGGAGAGAGAAAGAGAAGCCUUAGCUGUUUAUGUUAAGGCCCUGCACUGUUUAAUGCUAAACACAAGCUUUUGUACAUCGUGUUUUAGAGGUCUGUGUGAUGGAUGGGUAGGGGGUGGGGGGAUGGGCGGAUGGGAUCAAGUUCCACGGUCAAAUGCUAACGGCACAUACCACACACACUGGGCGCACAGGUGGAUAUAUGUGCAGGUGAAUCUUUGAAUGAAAUGGAUUCACAAUGAGAUCAUUUUUUUUUCUCUUCCCUUUCGAAAACCAAUGAUUUGAGAACACAGUCAUGGAUGUGAAAUAGUUUCGCUUCAAUUUCUUUCUUUUUUUAGAUACAUGAAACUGACAUGAGUUCAUUUCCUUUUUUUUCUUGUUUUUAGCUCACUAAAAGUUGAAGAUGAAUAAAAAUAACCAUUUAUUUGAAUCAUUC